AUGUUGCAACAGAUGCUUGAUUGCAUAGGUGAUCCAGAAAUUGGCAUAAUUGGGAUUUAUGGUAUGGGGGGAGUUGGUAAAACCACUAUGGCCAAACAAUUAAACAAUCACUUCGAAAAAGAAUUUGCCAGAGGAGUAAGGAUACCUUUUGAGAUUGUGAUAAUGGUCACAGUGUCUGCCACUCUCGACAUACGAAGUAUCCAAACUAGUAUCGGGAAGCGCCUGGGACUACAAGAUAAGAGAAGGGAUGCAUUGUUCAAAGCCCUAAGGAAGAAGAAAUUUCUUCUAAUUUUGGAUGAUGUGUGGUGCGAAUUCAAGCUCGAGGAUGUUGGAAUCCCUCACCCAGUUCAACACGACAAAGGGAGCAAGAUCAUAGUGAUCAGUCGGAAUCAAGAUACCUGUUCUGAUAUGGAUGCUACUAAAACAAUAAAAGUGAAGCCAUUAUCUAAUGCAGAGUCGUGGGAGCUCUUUGUGAAAAAAGCUGGUGUACAUGUUGCUGUUGAUCAUAUAAAGUGCUUUGCUGAAAAAAUUGUUAAAAGGUGUAAGGGUCUUCCCCUCGCAAUUGUCACUGUGGCCCGCGCAAUGGCGAAUCGACGUGGAGUUGAGGUGUGGGAGAAUGCCUUAAGGGAAAUGAAGCAUCUCCGAGGUAUGGUACAAAAAGUAUUUGUCCCUUUGAAAUUCAGUUUUGAUAGUUUAGAGAAUGAUAUGCUAAGGAGAUUAUUUCUUUACUGUGCCUGUUUCCCUGAAGACUAUAAUGUAGAGGUAGACAAGAUGUCAAAUUAUUGGGUGGGAGAGGGUUUAGUAGACAAAUUGGGGAGUCUGAUAGCUGCUAAGAAUAAAGGUGUGGAUCUGAUUGAGAGCUUGAAAAUUGCUUGCAUGUUGGAAGAUGGAGAGAGAAAAGGAAGUGUGAGGAUGCAUGAUGUGAUGAGAGAGUUUGCACUUUGGAUUACGUCUUCUUCUUCAGAGUCUGAUGGUAGUACCAAGUUCUUGAUAAGGACUGAUAAAUCAGUUAAAGAGGUACCACAGGCUCUUGAGUGGGUAGAUGCAACAACGGUUUCACUAUUUUAUACCCAAAUAGAUGAGUUGCCGGAGUUGAGAGAGACAUGCCAAAAACUAACAACUUUGCUAUUGAGGGUGAAUUAUGGGAUCUGCACUAUUCCCCCAACAAAUUUCUUUCAACACAUGUAUCAUCUUAGGGUACUUGAUCUUUCUCGCUCAGCAUUGAAAUCUCUCCCAGAUUCCUUGUCAUGCUUGGGAAAUCUUAAGGUGCUUACAUUAUGGGGGUGUACUCGUUUGAAAGCAUUGCCUGCAUUGGGAAAGCUUAGACAACUUCAAGUUUUAGAUUUGUAUGGGAGUGAUGAGUUAGAUCAGCAAAUCCUCGGAGGAUCUGAAUGGGUGGAAGGUGUGAGUAAUUUAAGAUACUUGGAUGUCGAAUAUUCCACAGUUACUAUUCCAGAGGGGGUAAUUUCUCGUUUGCACAAAUUGGAGGAAUUGAGAUUGUAUAGAGCAGGAAAUAUAAAAUGGAGGGUGAGUUGUGCUCAUGAGGAGGAAGAGAGGGAGAGAAGAAGUAUUGAUGUGAGGGAGUUGUCCCACUUGAGAUCACUUUCCAUUUGCUUCAAAGAUAUCAUUAUUUCUGAUUGGUUCAAACCUUUGGGGAAGAAGUUUACAAAAUUGGAUCUUACAAAAUGCAGAGUAGUAAAAGAAUCAAAUGCUCUACAAGCUCUGAAUGAAUCUCAAAAUCUAAAGGACAUAACAAUUGAGGAUUGCCCAGGUGUGACAUGUGUUCGAAUUGCUCCUGGAGAAACAAUAUUAAUAAUGUGUGAAGACUUGGAGGUGUUGUUGGAUGCAGUGGAGGUCUACCACCACCACCAAUAUUCUUUUAUUAAUAGAACAUUGGAGCUAAGAAAAUUGCCAAAAUUGAAAAGGAUAUGUAGUGGUCUUGCACCACUGAAUUGCUUUGUUCAACUAUCGGACAUAUAUAUAAGGCAAUGCAAUAGCUUGAAGAUGAUCUUCACCAAGGAAAUGCCACGAAUGUUCUACAACUUGGACAGACUUGAUGUUGAGGGUUGUGAGAGAAUGGAAGUAAUAAUUGAAGAAGCAAAUAUUCAGGAAGAAGAAGAAGUCAUCAUCUCACCCUUCCCAAGACUAACGUAUUUAGCUCUAACUGACCUACCAACACUACAUGACGUGUGCACAAACCACAUCUUGCGUUGUCCCCUUUUAGAACAAGUGUAUGUGAGAGAGUGUCCGAGGUUGAAGAAGGAUCCUCUCCGUAUACGGAAUGCGGAUGGUUUGCUUGUCAUCGAGGGAAGUAGCUGGUAUAAAGGCUAUAAGGUCAUGGAAGAGGGAAUUCAACCUAGCUAG